AUGGGGAGAGCCAAGAAGCUGCAGGAGAGGGUCCCGAUCCGCCGCACGGCGUGGAAGCUAGCCGACCUCGUCGUCCUCUCCCUGCUCCUCGCCCUCCUCGCCCACCGUGCCACCUCUGUGCUGGGCGGCGCCGGCACGACGACGCCGCGCUGCUGGCUCGCCGUCGCGGCGCUCUUCUGCGAGGCGUGGUUCACGCUCCUGUGGCUGCUCAACAUGAACUGCAAGUGGAACCCCGUCCGGUUCGAGACGUACCCCGACCGCCUCCCCGAAAGGGCCGACGAGCUCCUGGCGGUAGAUGUGUUCGUGACCACGGCGGACCCGGAGCUGGAGCCACCGGUUGUGACCGUGAACACCGUGCUCUCGCUUCUUGCCGUGGACUACCCGGCCGGCAAGCUGGCGUGCUACGUCUCGGACGACGGCUGCUCGCCGUUGACCUGCUACGCGCUGCGCGAGGCUGCCGCGUUCGCGAGGCUCUGGGUGCCGUUCUGCAGGAGGCACGGAGUCGGAGUCAGAGCUCCCUUGGUCUACUUCUCCUCCGCCUCAGAGCCCCGCGCCGCCGGCCAAGAGUUCUUGCAAGAAUGGACGGUCAUAAAGAACGAGUACGAGAAGUUGGUGAGUCAGGUCGAGAAAGCAGAGGAGGCCACUCUUGUGCAGAGUGACAGUGAGUUCACUGAGUUCUUGGGUGUGGAGCGAAAUAAUCACCCAACCGUAAUUAAGGUCCUGUGGGACAACAGCAAGAGCACGACAGGAGAAGGGUUCCCAAGUCUGGUAUACAUCUCAAGAGAAAAGAGACUCAGAUUUCACCACCACUUCAAGGCCGGGGCCAUGAAUGUCUUGACAAGGGUUUCCGCUGUGCUGACCAAUGCGCCAAUCAUGCUGAACGUGGACUGCGACAUGUUUGCAAACAACCCACAAGUCAUUCUCCAUGCAAUGUGCCUCCUGUUGGGAUUCGACAACGAGGUCCACAGCGGAUUUGUUCAGGCACCACAGAUAUUCUAUGAUGCCCUCAAGGAUGAUCCUUUUGGAAACCAGACGGAAGUCAUGUACAAGAAGCUUGGGUAUGGAUUUGCUGGACUUCAAGGAAUUUAUUAUAACGGGACGGGUUGCUUUCACCGAAGGAAAGUCAUUUAUGGCGUGCCACCAGACUUCAUCACCAGACAAGUCAAACAAAGGAUAAAAGGCUCACCAUAUAGCGAGGAGCUGCAACUGCAAGUGAAGCUUGGCAAUCAAAAAGAACUAAUCGAAUCAGCUUGGAGCAUCAUAUCCGGAGACAUGCUCCCAGCACCAACUGUAGAUUUAUCAAGUCGCAUCGAAGUGGCAAAAGAAGUGUCUGCCUGCAGCUAUGAGACCAGCACAUGUUGGGGACAGGAGAUUGGCUGGGUUUAUGGAUCAACGACUGAGGACAUUCUGACCGGGCAGCGGAUCCAUGCUGCUGGCUGGAAAUCAGCACUUCUGAACACCAAUCCGCCGGCGUUCCUCGGCAGCGCACCGACGGGUGGGCCAGCCAGCCUAACCCAGUACAAGAGAUGGGCGACAGGCCUCUUUGAGAUACUCCUGAGCCGGAACAACCCAAUACUUCUCUCCAUCUGCAGGCGCUUGCAAUUCCGGCAAUGCCUUGCCUACCUGGUCAUCGACGUGUGGCCGCUGAGGGCACCUUUUGAGCUCUGCUAUUCGCUGCUGGGACCUUACUGCCUUCUUGCAAACCACUCUUUUCUGCCAAAGCCAUCAGAAUCAGGUUUCAGCAUCCCGUUAGCCCUAUUCCUGAGUUACAACACAUACAACUUCAUGGAGUACAUGGAUUGCCGGCUCUCAGCUCGUGCCUGGUGGAACAACCAAAGGAUGCAGCGGAUCAUCUCAUCCUCCGCUUGGCUCCUCGCGUUCCUCACCGUGCUACUUAAGACUAUAGGGCUCUCUGAUACAGUGUUCGAGGUCACUCGCAAGGACAAGAGCACGUCCGGUGGCGAUUGUGGUACAGACGAGGCUGACCUUUGGCGGUUCACCUUUGAUUCGUCACCGGUGUUCGUCCCUGCGACAGCAAUUGCAAUCUUGAACAUUGUCGCCAUAGCUGUUGGAGUAUGGCGGGUGGUUGCCGGAGCGGUUGAAGACGGUGGCCCGGGUGUUGGGGAAUUCGUGUGCUGUAGCUGGCUGCUGCUAUGUUUCUGGCCAUUUGUGACAGGAAUUGUGGGCAAGGGAAGCUAUGGCAUACCGUGGAGUGCCAAGCUGAAGGCUGGUUUGCUUGUGGCUGCGUUCGUACACUUUUGCAGAUGA